AUGUAUACCAAUUCAUACAUAGAAAAGGCUCACUUGGACUAUGAAAAACAAUUCCCCCAAGUCAGCCAACAUGUCUCUCUUGCAACAGAAAAGAUCAUGGGCAGCAGCUUACCUGGUUUCCGAUGUUUCCUGGGGAUCAUCGAUCACCAACCUACUUCUUCUCCUCGCUAUCUCACCCUUGUUGAUGUUGUCGUUGGCGCCCUCGCCAGCCUUGAGGAACUGCUUCUGACCAGCAUCGAUGCCUGCAACAACACAUCCCCAUUAGAAUACGCCUAUUCAAAGCCACUAGCAGGAGAAGAACAGCGUACCCUUGUUGAUCAUAUCGUUCUGGCUGCUGCCGCUGCCCUCCUUGCUGCCGCCACCGGUCAUCUUGUUGACGAAAUCCAUUGUGAUUGGAAGCGUGUAGUUAACGACGUGUAA